AUGGGAGACAAGAUCCGAUACAGCUGCGAGUCGGGUUUUGUGCUGGAAGGUCACAGUACCCUCACAUGCAUCGUGUCACCUGGCAGUGGAGCACAGUGGGACUUCCCAUCGCCGUUUUGUCGAGCGGAGGGAGCAUGUGGCGGCACGUUACGAGGCACCGCAGGUUCAAUCACCAGCCCCGGAUAUCCAGCAGAGUACGACAACAACCUGGACUGCACAUGGUCAAUCCUCGCUGAACCCGGGGACACGAUCGCUCUUGUUUUCAAUGACUUCCUAUUAGAAGACAAAUAUGACUUUCUGGAAAUCAGCGGGACAGAAGCACCGAGCAUAUGGCUGACAGGUACAACUCUUCCCUCACCAGUGAUAUCGAAUAAAAACUGGCUUCGGAUACAUUUCACCUCAGACAGCAAUCACAGAAGAAAAGGAUUUAGUGCUCAGUAUCAAGUGAAGAAAGCCAUAGAGUUGAAGUCCAGAGGGGUAAAGAUGAUGCCCAGCAAAGACUCCAGUCACAAAAAUGCCGUCUUGAGCCAGAGCGGCCUUGCUGGUGACGUUUGUCCAGAUCCCGGAGUUCCUGAAAAUGGCAAAAGGAUGGGUUCAGUCUUCCAGGUCGGCUCAAGCGUCCAGUUCAGCUGUGAUGACAGCUAUGUACUGCAUGGAUCUAAAAGUAUCACUUGUCAACGGGUCACUGACACUCUGGCUGCUUGGAGCGACCACAGACCCAUCUGCAGAACCCGUACCUGUGGCAGUAAUCUGAGAGGGCCCAGAGGGGUGAUAACAUCUCCUAACUACCCUGUUCAGUAUGAGAACAAUGCACACUGUGUGUGGGUCAUCACUGCAAUGGACUCUGAAAAGGUAAUAAAGCUGUCAUUUGAUGAGUUCGAUCUGGAGAGAGGAUAUGACACGCUGACUGUGGGAGACGGUGGAAAGAUAGGAGACACUCGGAGGGUACUCUAUGUACUUACUGGUACCAGCGUCCCUGAUCUUAUCGUGAGCUUGUCAAAUCAGAUGUGGCUACACCUGCAGUCAGACGACACAAUCGGCUCUGCGGGGUUCAAGGCAAUCUAUGAAGAAAUCAACAGAGGAGGUUGCGGUGAUCCCGGAGUGCCUGCGUUUGGUCGCCGUAGCGGCGAUCGCUUUCAGCACGGUGACGUCUUGACCUUCUUUUGCCAGUCGGCUUUUGAGCUGGUGGGAGAAAAAACCAUCACGUGCCAACACAAUAACCAGUGGUCUGGAAACAAACCCAGUUGUGUGUUUUCUUGCUUCUUCAACUUCACGGCUCCAUCAGGGACCGUCUUGUCCCCAAACUACCCAGAGGAAUAUGGUAACAACCUGAACUGUGUGUGGUUGAUUAUCUCUGAGCCGGGCAGUCGAAUACAUCUCUUCUUCUCUGACUUUGACCUGGAGCCACAAUUUGAUUGGCUGGUAGUUAAAGAUGAAGCAUUUGGUCAGAAUGAAUGUCAUGACCCGGGUGUUCCAGUCAAUGGACAAAGGUAUGGUGACAAGUUUCAGCUGGGCAGUUCGGUGGCUUUUCGCUGUGAUCAAGGAUUCAUUAGGACACAGGGGUCGGAUCAGGUCACUUGCAUCAUUCAGGAUGGGAAUGUCGUUUGGUCCGCCGCUGUUCCUCGAUGUGAAGCUCCCUGCGGAGGCCAUCUCACAGCCCCUACCGGUGUURUACUGUCUCCUGGUUGGCCAUCCUUUUAUAAAGAUUCUCUAAACUGCCAGUGGGUCAUUGAGGCACAGAAAGACCAUGCUGUAAAAAUACACUUUGACAAGUUCCAGACGGAGGUAAACUAUGACACACUGGAGAUCAGAGACGGCUCGUCAGCCUCCUCCCCUCUGAUUGGUGAAUACCACGGCACCCAAGCGCCUCAUUUCCUGAUUUCCACAUCCAACUUCCUGUUCCUGUUGUUCACCACUGACAACAGCCGGUCCUCAGCUGGUUUCAGCAUCAGAUAUGAAAGUGUGAGGAUGGAGUCAGACUCAUGCCUCGAUCCCGGUAUCCCAGUCAACGGCCGUCGCCAUGGCAGUAGCUUUUCCAUUGGCUCCCACGUCUCAUUUACAUGCAACCCUGGAUACACACUCAGUGAUCAGGAGCCAAUUGUUUGUGAGCAGAGUCACCAGUGGAGUCAUGCUCUUCCCAGCUGCGAUGAGGAGAACCAUGACUACCUGUCCAUCAUUGAAGAUGGCAACUUCCAGGCUCCGGUGGCUCGACUCACCGGCUCAGUGCUUCCACCAAGCGUCAAAGCUGGACUCUACGGAAACUUCAGUGUGCAGCUGCGAUUUAUAUCAGACUUCUCCAUGAGUUACGAAGGAUUUAAUAUAACUUUUUCAGAGUACGACUUGGAGCCCUGUGAGGAUCCCGGUGUGCCGGCAUUCAGCAGGAGGAUGGGAUUUCGAUUUGGAGUCGGCGACUCGCUUGCCUUCUCUUGUUUCCACGGCUACAGACUUGAGGGAGACAGUAAGAUCACUUGUCUCGGAGGUGGCAGGAGAGUGUGGAGCAACACACUGCCACGGUGUAUAGCCGAGUGUGGAGCUUCCACGCUAGGACCAGAAGGUGUUCUACUCUCUCCAAAUUUUCCCUCCAGCUACGAUAACAACCAUGAGUGCAUCUACCGCAUCACUACUGAAAAGGGCAAAGGAAUCAGGCUGAAAGCUGAGAGCUUCUCUUUGCAAGAUGGAGACUAUCUAAAGGUGUAUGAUGGAGAGAAUACCACAUCCCGUCUUCUUGGCAACUUUACACUUGAUGGAAUGAUGGGUCGUGUCAUCAACAGUACGUCCAAUCACUUAUGGCUGGAGUUCAACAGCAACGCCUCUGGAACGGAGCAGGGCUUCCGCCUUACUUACACAAGUUUUGAUCUGGUUCGCUGCGAGGAGCCUGGAGUUCCCAGUUAUGGGUAUAAAAUCCAGGACGAUGGGCAUUAUGCCAAUACGUUCGUCCUGUACUCCUGCAACCCCGGGUAUACCCUGCAUGGCAGCACGGAGUGUGGAGGUCACAUAACUGGAGCAGUGUCUGGACGGAUUCUUUCCCCUGGAUACCCGGCUCCAUAUGACAACAACCUCCACUGUACCUGGACUAUAGAAGCAGACACAGGCAAGACUAUCAGCCUCCACUUCAUUGUCUUUGACACUGAGGUCGGCCACGAUAUUCUGAGAGUUUGGGAUGGUCCAUCUGGCUCUUCAGACGGGGGGAUCCUGUUGAAAGAGUGGUCUGGCCCAGCCUUGCCUGAAGAUAGCCACUCGACUUUCAACAUCCUCACUCUACAGUUUGAUGCUGAUUAUUUUAUCAGCAAACAAGGAUUUUCUAUACAGUUCUCUACGACAUCCUGCAAUGACCCGGGUAUUCCCGUAAACGGUUCUCGAUACGGAGACAGUAAAGAGCCUGGUGACAGCAUGACCUUCCAGUGUGACCCCGGCUAUCAGCUGCAAGGCCAAGACACCAUCACAUGUGUACGAAUGGAUAACAGGUUCUACUGGCAGCCGGAUCCACCAACCUGCAUGGCGACCUGCGGGGGUAAUGUCAGCGGCCCUUCCGGUGUGAUUCUGUCUCCGAACUACCCUCAGCCUUACCCUCCUGGGAAAGAGUGCGACUGGAGAAUCAGAGUCAAUCCUGACUUUGUCAUUGCCCUUAUCUUCAAAAGUUUCAACAUGGAGCCAAGUUACGACUUCCUGCACAUCUAUGAAGGCGAAGACUCAAACGGGCCUCUCCUUGCAAGUCUUCAAGGCAACCAGGCCCCUGAACGCAUAGAAAGCAGCGGGAACAGUCUUUUCCUGGCAUUCAGAUCAGAUGCAUCACUAGGAAUGUCUGGAUUUGCUAUUGAAUAUAGAGAGAAACCAAGAGAGGCCUGUUUUGACCCUGGUAACAUCAUGAAUGCCAGUCGGACCGGCUAUGACUACAAACUAGGAUCCCAGGUCUCCUACAGCUGUCACCAUGGCUACACAAUCAUGGGUAGUGAAACCAUUAUGUGUGUCAUGGGGCAUGAUGGGAAACCAGUGUGGGACAAGGCCUUGCCAUCAUGUAAAGCUCCGUGUGGAGGACACUACAGCGGAUCUGAGGGUGUUGUUUUAUCCCCAAACUAUCCUUUAAACUACACCAUGAGACAGAUGUGUUCCUAUCACAUCACUGUGUCCCCACAGUUUGUGGUAUUUGGUCAGUUUGCUGUUUUCCAGACGGCAAUGAAUGACUCAGUGGAGCUUUUUGAUGGAGCCAAUGAUAAUGCUCGACUGCUCAGCUCCCUGGCUGGAUCCCAUUCAGGAGAGACAUUGCCGCUGGCAACAUCCAAUCAGAUCAUGCUUCGGUUCAAUGCCAAGAGCGGCCAGUCAGCUAAAGGUUUUCAUUUUGUCUACCAAGCUGUGCCUCGCACAAGCGACAGUCAGUGCAGCUCAGUGCCAGAGCCUCGGUACGGCAGACGAAUCGGCUCGGAGUUCUCAGCCGGCUCCGUUGUCCGUUUCGAGUGCAGUCCUGGGUAUCUUUUGAAAGGAUCCAGCGCAAUUCGAUGCCAGGCUGUACCAGGUGCCCUCGCACAGUGGAACGCAUCGACACCUACAUGUAUAGUUCCCUGCAGUGGCAAUUUGACUGAACGUCGAGGUACAAUAUUGUCUCCUGGCUAUCCUGAGCCAUACCCUAAUGCUCUAAACUGUCUGUGGAGGAUCCAUGUCAGUGAAGGAGCAGGAAUACAGAUCCAAGUUAUGACGUUUGCGACAGAACACAACUGGGACUCUCUGGAGAUCUAUGAUGGAGGGGACAUGACAGCUCCAAAACUGGGAUCCUUUUCAGCUCCGUGUGGAGGACACUACAGCGGAUCUGAGGGUGUUGUUUUAUCCCCAAACUAUCCUUUAAACUACACCAUGAGACAGAUGUGUUCCUAUCACAUCACUGUGUCCCCACAGUUUGUGGUAUUUGGUCAGUUUGCUGUUUUCCAGACGGCAAUGAAUGACUCAGUGGAGCUUUUUGAUGGAGCCAAUGAUAAUGCUCGACUGCUCAGCUCCCUGGCUGGAUCCCAUUCAGGAGAGACAUUGCCGCUGGCAACAUCCAAUCAGAUCAUGCUUCGGUUCAAUGCCAAGAGCGGCCAGUCAGCUAAAGGUUUUCAUUUUGUCUACCAAGCUGUGCCUCGCACAAGCGACAGUCAGUGCAGCUCAGUGCCAGAGCCUCGGUACGGCAGACGAAUCGGCUCGGAGUUCUCAGCCGGCUCCGUUGUCCGUUUCGAGUGCAGUCCUGGGUAUCUUUUGAAAGGAUCCAGCGCAAUUCGAUGCCAGGCUGUACCAGGUGCCCUCGCACAGUGGAACGCAUCGACACCUACAUGUAUAGUUCCCUGCAGUGGCAAUUUGACUGAACGUCGAGGUACAAUAUUGUCUCCUGGCUAUCCUGAGCCRUACCCUAAUGCUCUAAACUGUCUGUGGAGGAUCCAUGUCAGUGAAGGAGCAGGAAUACAGAUCCAAGUUAUGACGUUUGCGACAGAACACAACUGGGACUCUCUGGAGAUCUAUGAUGGAGGGGACAUGACAGCUCCAAAACUGGGAUCCUUUUCAGCGGUUGGGCUGACCACUUGUCCUGAACCAAUGAUCCCAGCAAACGGCAUAAAAACAGGAGACAGAUACAUGGUGAAUGAGGUGGUAGCCUUCCAUUCACGCUGCGGUGGGGUCCUAUCUGAGAUGAGUGGUGUCAUCCUCAGUCCAGGUUUUCCUGGCAACUACCCUGGCAACCUGGACUGCACCUGGCAAAUCACCCUGCCAGCUGGAUAUGGAGCCCAUGUUCAGUUCCAGAACUUCUCCUCGGAGGACAACCACGACUUUCUUGAAGUCCGUGCCGGACCACAACACAGCUCUGCUCUCAUUGGUCAAUUCACAGGCUCACAGAUUCCACCACCACUGAUGAGCACUACUCACCUGACAAUCAUCCACUUCUACAGUGACCACUCAGAGAACAGGCCAGGGUUCAGACUGAUCUACCAGGCUUAUCAGCUUCAGAACUGCCAGGAUCCUUCUCCUUUCCCAAAUGGUGACAUUAUCAAAAGUGACUACAGUGCUGGACAAUCCAUAACCUUUCAGUGCUACUCUGGUUAUGUUUUGAUUGGACACAAGGUGCUAACAUGCCUCCAUGGGACAAAUCGGAAAUGGAAUCACCCCUUUCCCCGUUGUGAGGCUCCUUGCGGAUAUAAUGUGACAGCUGAGAAUGGGACCAUCUAUUCACCUCAGUACCCCAACGAAUACCCCAACUCCCAAGACUGCAGCUGGCUCAUCAGCGUUCCCCAUGGCCACGGGGUUUACAUCAACUUUACUUUGCUGCAGACAGAGCCAGUCACAGAUUAUAUUGCUGUCUGGGAUGGGCCUGAUACAUCUAGUCCCCAGCUGGGAGUCUUCAGUGGUAACACAGCAUUAGAGUCKGCCUACAGUUCYACCUCGAAGGUCCUGGUUCGCUUUCAUUCUGACUUCUCUACUGGAGGAUUCUUUAUCCUCAACUUCCAUGCUUAUCGUCUGAAGAAAUGCCCACCUCCUCCUAUUGUGGAGAAUGCAGAGAUGAUCUACGAAGACGAGGACUUUCACAUAGCUCAGUGCCCAGCAAAUGAGGAGAGGUUUUCAUCAUCAGGAGUCAUACUAAGUCCUGGGUUUCCUGGCAACUAUCCCAACAGCCAGACUUGCUCCUGGCUCCUUCGUAUGAUUCCAGGUUACACCAUAAAUAUCUAUGUAGAGAUGUUCCACAGUGAGAAGCAAUUUGAUGAACUGGAGAUUUUUGAUGGAUCAUCAGGACAAAGCCCUUUGCUUGUUGCUCUGAGUGGUAACCAUUCCUCUCAGCUGAACUUCACGUCUAAAACAAACCAGCUCUAUCUACGAUGGUCCACUGACCACGCGACUAACAAGAGGGGAUUCAAGAUACGAUACUCGGCUUCUUAUUGCAGCAUUAAUGAUCCUCCGUUAAAUGGUGGCGUGGUCAACCGAACGAAACUCCAUCCAGGUAGCAGACUCCAGUUCUACUGUAACCAUGGUUACCGCCUGGUAGGCUUAAGCAACGCCACCUGCAGGCUUGAUUCCAGUGGGCUUUACCAGUGGGACACACCUGCUCCCGUUUGUCAAGCUGUUUCAUGUGGAAUACCUCAGACUCCCGGUAACGGCAGCUUCCAUGCAUACCACUAUAAUGUUGGUAGCCAGGUCACCUAUCAGUGUAAUUAUGGCUACCAUCUUGACCCUGGUGCUCCUGUGUCAGCUGUGUGUUUGGAGGAUGGCAGCUGGAGUAACACAGGUUCAGUUCCCCGUUGCCUGCCUGUGCACUGUCCCAGCAUUGAAGGCGUCCUGACAGAGCACAUGACCUACCGCCUGCUCAUUGGCAGGCUGGCUGAGUUUGGUUCCACUGUGAUGUUGGAGUGCUCAACAGGCUUUUAUUUGGGUGUCGGGCAUCGAACUCUCCGAUGCCUCGCCAACGGGACCUGGGAAGGAUUGGAUGACCCAGCUACGUGCAAGACUGGUCACUGCGACUCUCCAGAUCCCAUAGUCAACGGUCACAUUAGCGGAGAUGGCUCAAGCUACCGUGACACUGUGGUGUACCAGUGCAUGUUGGGAUACAGACUAAUCGGCACAUCCGUCAGAAUCUGCCAGCAAGACCAUCGGUGGUCCGGAACAACACCUGUCUGUGUCCCCAUCACUUGUGGUCACCCUGGAAACCCAGCCAAUGGCCGAACCAAUGGCAGCGAGUUCAACCUCAAUGACGUUGUCAACUUCACCUGCAAUAAAGGUUACAUCCUCAGUGGGAAUGCCCGCGCUCAGUGUCGACUCAACGGACAGUGGAGCAACCCCUUACCUGUCUGCAAAGUGGUGAACUGUUCGGACCCUGGCCACGUGGAGAACGGCGUGCGCCAGUCCGGUCUGCGUUACCCAGAAGUUUUCAGCUAUGGUGUAACCGUGGCGAUCCACUGCAAGAGAGGCUAUUACCUUCUGGGCUCUGCGAUCCUCACGUGUCAACACAACGGGCUGUGGGACAGACCAACACCUCGUUGCUUAGCUAUUUCCUGUGGCGAUCCCGGCGUGCCACCUAAUGCAGCAGUCUCGGGAAGCCACAGUUGGACAUACGGUUCUGUUCUGCAGUACUCCUGUCUGCCUGGCGGAGUUCUAGUGGGCAAUUCUACUCGCAACUGCCAAGAAGAUGGCACAUGGAGCGGGGCGCCGCCCUACUGCACAGGAGCUAGUCCUGGAUUGUGYGGAGACCCUGGGAUCCCGCCACAUGGCACCAGACUGGGAGGGGAAGAAUUUAAGACCAAGAGCCUUCUGCGUUUUAGCUGYGAGGCCGGGUAUAAUCUGAUUGGCUCAGCUGAGAGGACCUGUCUUCACAACAGCAGCUGGAGCGGAACGCAGCCUGUGUGUCAAGCUGUUUCUUGCGGUAACCCUGGCACCCCUGCCCAUGGAAGAAUCGUGUUCAGCGACGGCAUCACCUUUGGCAGCUCAGUGGCUUACGCGUGUUGGGAAGGGUUUAAAACAUCUGGACUGACCACCAGACACUGCACAACAAAUGGCACAUGGACUGGUCAGCCCCCAGAUUGCACWGUGAUCAGUUGUGGCGACCCUGGGCCCAUCGCCAACGGCAUCUAUUUGGGAAGAGAAUUUACCUUCAACCAUACUGUGGCCUACCGCUGUAACCCUGGCCACCUGAUGGAACCAGCUGGAUGCAAUGUUCUGAGCUGCACUAAAGAUGGAACCUGGAACAAAACCAAGCCCAGUUGCAAAGUUAUCCAGUGUGGACAUCCCCCCCAAGUGCUCAAUGGAAAGGUCGAAGGKACUGAUCAUUCCUGGGGAGCCAGUGUGAGCUACAGUUGUUUUCAGGGUUACCAGAUGUCCAUCCCUGCYGUCUUAACCUGCGAGGGAAAYGGGACUUGGACUGGAGACAUUCCACAGUGUUUGSGUGAGUUCAUAUUCUCCUUUAUAUCCGGCAAACUGCAGCACACUCCGUUUGAGCCGAAGCAAAGGAUUCUGUCCUGUGUGGGGAUCCUGGCUCUCCUGGAGAAGGAUUCAGAGAGGGGAACAUCUUCUCAUACGGACCCAGCCUUCAACAGCUGUCGUGAUCCAGGAACUCCAGCCUACGGUAUUCCGAUCUUGGCCCAGGGCUUUCAGCCAGAAACCCCCAGUAACGUGGAUGUUCGAGCUAUGGACCUGCCGACUUUAGGAUACACGCUGAUAUACACGUGUCAAGAAGGUUUUUAUCUGUCUGGUGGAUCAGAGCACAGAACCUGCAGAAGUGAUGGGAGAUGGACAGGGAAACCGCCGCUCUGUAAAGUUGGAGUGAAAGUAAAUCCCAAAGGCAGAGGGGAGUCAGACAUACAGAAGAAUAAGAUCCGUGUUCCAGCAGAUGUCUUCUCUCCAAACUCUGAGUGGAGCGGUUUCUACGAGUAUUUAGGGAAGAGGCAGACCACCACCUUUGCAGUUACUGGGUUCAACGCUACCAGCAGCCGAGUGAACGUCACAUUACUGGAGACCAGCGGCGUGUCGAUCAGACUGUCAGGUACCUACAAGUCGGAGGAAAACCAGCUGCUGUUGAAGGUGUACCAAGUGAAGGGGCCGACAGAGUACUACUACAGCAAGUUUAAAAACGACAACUGGGCUAUGGAUGGAUAUGUCACUGCGGAGUCCGACCAGAAGACUUUCGUUUACCAGGGACAUAUUCACAGUAAAGACUUUGGCAAGUUUUCUCUGACGAGACAAGGUCCUGUAACCACGGCGAUGAAUCCGUCAAACCCAUACACGAACAGCAGCUCGGUGGCAGCAGCCAUUUUAGUUCCCUUCUUUGCUCUCAUCCUCUCUGGGUUUGCCUUCUACCUCUACAAGCACAGGACCCGUCCAAAGGUCCAAUUCAACGGCUAUGUCGGACAUGAGAGCUCCAAUGGGCAGGCGUCGUUUGAAAAUCCAAUGUAUGACACCAACAUGAAGCCCACGGAGGCUAAGGCGGUUCGAUUUGAUACCACCCUGAACACAGUCUGCACUGUGGUAUAG